AUGCCUGGCCGCCUCGAAGGAAAGAUUGCCCUCGUCUCGGGCUCAACUCAAGGUUUCGGACGUGGAAUUCUUGAGACCUUCAUUCGUGAGGGUGCAUUCGUACUCGGCAUGGAUCUUCAGGCCAACGAUGGUCCAGUUCAGGGCUACCCCGAGCAGCUCGCCUACCAGAUUAAAGCCAAUGUUGCUGAAGAACAAAGCUGGCACAAAGCGCUCGAAACCUCAAUCGCAAAGUUCGGCAAAGCUCCCUCAAUUGUCGUUCACAAUGCCGGCUGGUCUUACCCCAACAAGUCUGGACUCGAAGUGACCGUGGAAGAGUUCGACCGCCUAUUCAACGUUAAUGUCAGAAGCAUCUACCUCGCUUCGAAGGUCCUUAUUCCCGAAAUGAAGAAGAACGGCCCUGGCUCUACGGUUGUGAUUUCCAGCGAGAACGCGAUCCGACCCGGUGCUACCCAGACUUGGUAUAACGCUACCAAGGCGGGUGUUUCUUCGGCCACAAAGUCGAUGGCUUUGGAGUUUGCCAGAGACCAGCUGCGCUUUAACACUAUCUUUCCUGCGGAGAUUAUUAAGGCAAAGUGCGAGUCCAUUCCAAUUGGUCGUCUCGUUGAGCCCUCUGAUGUCGCCAAUGUUGCUCUGUUCUUGGCCGAGCCUGCAAGCUCGAUCAUCAGCGGUGUCGAGAUUCUGGUUGAUGGUGCACGCUGUGUAUAA